AUGAGGAGCUUUUGGGCCUUGCCCGCCGUUCUGCGCGUGGCAAUCGCUGCUCAAAAUUCCUUCAGCGUGCAAGACGAUUUCUCGGUCGACUUUCCAGAAGGCCACAUUUCCACCCUGCAGGCUCAGGAGAAACUCGAACUCUCUACAUCCAACUCCGACUCUGAUCUUUCCCAUCCGGACACGAAUGGACUCGACUCCGACAAGCCACAAUACGACUACGAGGAACUCGUUCUAGCAGAUCAACACUACUUGUGUCAGAUUCCACGUUUGCUCGACCAACCGCCCUCAUCACAGCCCAAUGAGACCCUAUCCAAGCAGGACCAUGAGAAAGAGCUGGCUCGCGCAAACACCAGGGGCUGGCAGUUGCUCAAGGGAAUGCAAGGCAACUGCAUCUACUACUGGAGUGGAUGGUGGAGCUAUAGAUACUGCUACGGCCAAGGUGUCAAGCAAUUCCAUCAGCUGCCUCCAUCUCAAGGCGUCCCUGCCUUCCCUCCUGUCGAGGAUCCCGCUGUUCCCGGUUUCAUGCUUGGCGCCGUUCAAGACCAACCGCGUCAUGAUAGCCAAGAAAAUCUAUCUGAGGACAAGGCUGUUGGCAAGCUCGAGACCCGCGGAGAGAGCAGAUACCUUGUACAGCGCCUGGCUGGCGGCACCCUUUGCGACUUGACAGGCAGAGAACGCCGCAUCGAAGUUCAAUUCCAUUGCAACCCGGCCUCUGCAGACCGCAUUUCGCUCAUAAAAGAGGUCGCAACCUGUGCAUAUCUUAUGAUCAUUCAGACCCCACGCCUCUGCAAUGACGUUGCCUUCCAGCCUCCACAGAAAGACCGUGCAAACAAGAUUGCUUGUUCACCCAUCCUCGAUCAAGACCAAGUCCCUGAAUACGAGGCUGCUGUUGCCGCUGCUUCCGACCUGCUCGGCCAUGAUAUUCCCAACCCCUUGGCUGGCUCGCAGUCCAAAGCCCCUGUGACUAUCGGAGGUAUCACCAUUGGUGCUCAUAAGUGGGUUCCUGAAGGCAGCAAGAUUGAAAAAUCAGCCAUUGUGGGAGGCACCAAGGACAAAUUCGUCGAAACCAUUGCUGAUAGCUUUGGCAAGGCCAUGUCUGCAGACGAGCUGAAGAGGCUCGGCCUUGGUGAUGCAAAGAGUGUCGAGACGCUGAAGAAGGAAUUGGAAAAGAUUGCGAACGGCCAAGGCUGGGAGCUCAAAGUCUUCGAUACCCCCGACGGACGCGAAUAUAGAGGUGUCCUACUCGGCGACGAAGAGCCAGACUCGGCUAAGAAAGAGACUGCUGAGAUUACUGAAACGAAGAAAGUCGGAACCAAGCCCAGCAACGACGUUCCGUCUGAGGAUGACCAUGAAUCAGAGGGCUCUGAAGAGACAUAUAAAGAUGAGCUCUGA